GUUCAUGCGGAAAUGCUAUCGGCAGCACGGUGUCGCUUUAAUAGUUUUCAUUUUAGCUUUAAUAGUUCAAAUAUAUCAACUACAACUCAACGCGUAGCCUUGACAUGCUUUAUUUGUACUCGCCUUGGUUAAUUAAACUUGAUAUUUAAUUUAUUUUAUCGACGCCAACACUGUCAGCAUGGAUAUUAAUCCACCCUGGCCAAAAGGAAAGAAAGUUGUCCACCUGGAUCUUAAAGGAGCCCCUCCCAAAUUGGAUUACCUUUGUCAGCUGAUCGAAUGCUUCUCUCGGAUGGGUGUUGAUGGUUUGCUCGUGGAAUAUGAGGACAUGUUUCCUUAUGAGGGAGAGCUGAAGCUCCUGCAGGCCACAGCACAACGUCCAUAUAGCCGAGAUGAGAUUAUAUUCAUGCAAAAAGUCGCAAAAUCUAAAGGAAUGGAGGUGAUUCCACUUGUGCAGACCUUCGGCCAUAUGGAGUUUGUGCUGAAACAUCCAUCCAUGUGGAGUCUUAGAGAAGUGUCCAACUGCGUAGGCACCCUCAAUCCCUGCAAGGAAGAAGGACUCAAGCUUGUGAUGGAGAUGCUGAGGCAGGUGGUGGCGCUGCAUCCUGAUUUAAAAACACUGCAUAUCGGUGCAGAUGAGGUGUACAUGUUGGGUGAGGGUGAACUGUCAAAACAGUGGUUGGCGUCACCCGGACGCUCUGUGGAACAACUUUUCUUGAGUCAUGUUGCAUCUGUGGUCAAUUAUAUCAAGGAGGCGUGGCCUCAUAUGACUAUCAUCGUGUGGGAUGAUAUGAUGAGAGGGAUGAGUCAGGACACACUAAAAGCGAGUGGUAUUCUAGGACGAGUCCAACCGAUGCUGUGGGAUUACACCCCUAAUCUGGAUGUGGAGAAAACCGUGUCAUUGCUGGAGAAGUACUACAGUGCUGGUAUGCAACAUAUAUGGGCGGCCAGCUCCUUUAAAGGCUCUACCAGGGUUUACACUAAUGUACCCAGUACACAGAGGCAUGUAGAUAACCAUUUGCAAUGGUUAAAAGUAGCCCAAUCCGUGCCUUCUGGUUUAAACAUUAUGGGUAUUGCUCUUACAGGCUGGCAAAGGUAUGACCACCUCUCGGUGCUAUGUGAGCUGAUGCCUUUGGCUCUUCCGUCACUAGCAGCCUGUCUCCAAACACUCAUCCAUGGCCAGUUUAGUCCUGAGGCUCAAAAGAUAGUCACCGAACUUUUAGAUAUCUCCUCUGUGGAGGCAGGGUCCAUGGGAAGUGCAACUGGAGAUGUCCGCCUGUUCCCUGGAAGGAGACUGGCGGAGUCGAUUGUGGACCUGGACUCACUUCUUUGUCUUGAAGACAUCAAGUCUUUUGAGAAAAAUAUGUAUGUUCGAGGAUGGUUCAGUCCCUACCAAAAAUCACGAAGAAUGGUAAACCCUCUCAUCAGCGUACAGAUUCAGAGUCAAGCAUCAAUGUAUUUGGAUCUAUUGCAAGAGAAGGUUAAUGUUGUAAGAGAGGGGAUGAGGCAUAUUUAUCCAGAUUCAACAGCUCAAGAAUGGAUGGAGGAACACGUUAGCCCAGUAAUGGGCCCCCUUAAGAGGAUUCUAGAUGAAAUCACAGAGUGCUCCAUGGAGAUAGUUCCAGCUCAGCGCUAAGUUGCUUUGGUGUAUAACGCCAGUUGUAUUUGAAUAAAAAACAGAUACAAUCCAAGCACACUUGGAAUUUUUAAAUCGUUUUAUUCCAGAAAAUGUAAAAGCAUAUCAGUAACUUCAAUUCAACAGUAGAAAAAAAUAACAUUUCAAGUGGUUUUAAACAGUGUUGCACCGAUACUGCACUAAAAUUAUCAUCAGGGAGUACUAAGAAAUAACUACAAUAUUUUAGGUUUAGUUUCCAACUGCUGGUCGCUCUAACCAAGAUGGUCGCUAGCUACAUGUGGGGUCCAGUCAUUCCUCUACAGAGAAUUUAAAUGAGUGUAUCAAUAGUUUAUCACUAUUAUAUACAUCUUCGAGUAUCAGAAUCGGUAUUGGGAGCCCAAAAAAAAGGUAUCAGUGCAACACUAGUUUUAAGUAACUAGUUUUCUCCUUUGGACUUGAGCACAGCCUGAUUACGAAUACACAGGGGAAAAAAAUACAUCUUUGACCAGCAACAGUCAGGCUUAAUUGUAAAAAAAAAUCACAUUUGGUUGAUCUUCAAGGUUACUGGCAGUAAAAGAAUUUAUCCCAUUGCCAGUUGUGUGCAUAUAAGCAAAAUAUGGGUGGUGUAGAAAAUAGUACCAGCAGCCCUUUGGUUGACUAAUAGAAAGACCAUACAGUAGGAAGGCACAGUAAAUAUGUAAUUGUUUUCUCAUAGUAAUUAGAGCCAGAAUGUUUCCCUUUCAAAAACAUGCACUGUAAUAUUUGUAAGUGAGCGCACCAUGCAAUGAGAGCAGCGGAGUAAUCACAGCCAAUGUUAUUGUUUAGCAGUGGACUCAUUAUCCCAAAGUAGGUUAUUCUUUUUUGUCCGCCGACUCGCUGCUGUUUUCCGAAAAAUCAGCUUCCUCCUCUGUGAACUCUUCCUGUUGCUUUUGCCGCCGCUCCUCCAUCCCCAAAAAGCGCUUGAGCAAUUCUGCGAUUGCCUCCACAUCACUGAAUGGGGGAGGAAAAAAAGUGUUUUCAUACUUUGAAUUAUUCUUGCGUUAUAUUUAUCCUGAUCACUUAAACUUGAUUUUAAAAGGUUAAUGAGUGUAUGGGGACAAUUUCCUAAACCCUCAGUGCCCGAAUUUACAUUUAUUAAAUAUACAUAAACGACUGUUCAGUGCCCCUAAAGUGACAUUGACAAAGAUAAAAUAAAUUUAAGCAAUCUGGUGCGCACCACAAACUAUGGUAAACAUUUGCGUUAUUAGCAUUUAAGCUAGGGGACUUUUGCUA